AUGACAACCGCAGUAACACCUGGAGGUGACUGUGACUACAUAUUCAAGAUCAUCGUUAUUGGUGACAGUGGAGUUGGAAAGUCAUCACUAACCGUCCGUCUUUCUGAAGAUGUAUUUUACAAAGACUAUGCAUCUACCAUUGCCAUUGAUUUUCGCAUGCAUCAGAUGAACUAUAUGGACAAACGUGUUCGUCUGCAGAUAUGGGAUACUGCCGGACAAGAGCGGUUUCAAUCUGUUGCCACCGCUUUUUACCGUGGUGCCAAUGGUGUUAUGUUAUGUUUUGAUCUCACCCAUCGCCCCUCAUUUCUCCAUCUAGAUCAGUGGAUGGAGCGUGUGCGACAACAGGCACUUCCUGGCAUUCCGUGUUUGUUAAUUGGAUGUAAAUCGGAUGAGGCCCGAAAUGCCCGACAAGUGACAAAGGAGGAGGCAAAUGCGUGGGCACAGCAGCACAGUAUGUCGUAUAUUGAGACAAGCGCAAAAGAAAAAGAAAAUGUGCAGUUGGCAUUUCAGGAAAUCACAAAGGAGAUCUUUAUUGAUAUGAAGGAACGAAACGGAAAGGCUAUGCCAGGAGGUGGUAAAAACGCAGGAAGGGCAGAAAGCGUGAAGUUAGACGGCCAAGGAGGAAAGAAAGGUUCAUCGGGUGGGGGUGGUUGCUGCUAA